GAAUUACGAGGAGACUAAAAAUCGCAUCGUUAUUAUCGCGCAGGCGAUCGCUCGAGUUCGAAUUUUUGGUGAUUGGUAUUCCUCGCCACGUGCCAUACACGACUCGAAAUCCUAAUAGAAAUUGCCUCACGCGAGUGUAUCACGAUUUACGGUAUCGUACAUUAUGAGAACUCGGGACGAUGGGCGCAAUUGUGAAGAAAAAAAUAAGAAAUUUUUCCAAACGAGGGGGGGACUCGUUAUAAGGACGAGGGACAUCGCCGUCCAACCGUCAUCCGUAGUUCGUUUGCUCCGCGUGCGUUGUGUCGUCUUCGGUACUCCGGAAAAAAGAAAAUGUUUGCCAAGUUCGUCGUGAUAUUCGGCCUCGUCGUUGCGGCUCGAUCGGCUGUGAUACCAGCGGCGGUUCCCGCAGCUCCGGUGCUCGCGAGACUCGAAGAUUUCGACCCCGUGCCACGCUACAGUUUCGCUUACGACGUCCAGGACGCGAUAACCGGCGACUCGAAGGCGCAAUACGAGACGAGAAACGGCGACCUCGUGCAGGGAAGCUACAGCCUCAUCGAGGCUGACGGAACCCGAAGAAUCGUCGACUACACUGCCGAUUCCGUGAACGGUUUCAACGCCGUUGUCAACCGCGAACCCGCGGUCGCUCUAGCACCAGCGGUUCCGGUCGCUCCUGCGGCCAAAAUCGCCGCUGCACCUUACUAUUUGUAAUGCCAACCGAUUCCGCUGAAUUCUUCUCGCCUGAUUGUCUCUGAAGGAAACAAAAUGUCGACGAUCCACGUCCGCCGAAAUUGUACAUAUCCGUGUAGAAUAAAAAUCUCAUAA